AUGAUGAAUCAUGGAAAGCGUGUUGUGGCUGUGGCAAUUGAGAAUAAUAAGACAAGCCAAAGUGCUGCAAAAUGGGCAGUGGAUAAUAUUCUUCCAAAGGAUCAAGAUCUCUUACUCAUCCAUGUUAAGCAAAGAUCAUCAUCAGAUAAUAGUCGUUCACCAUUGAGAAGCUAUGAGAUGAAAGAAGGUACGGAUAGACCACAUGACAAAGAAUCAAAGGAGCUGUUUGAGUCCUUUCGAGUCUUUUGCAACAGAAAGAAUGUACACUUCAAAGAAAUUUUGUUAGAGGACACAGAUAUAUCAAAGGCAUUAGUAGAAAGUGUUACCACAUAUUCCAUUGAGCUUUUAGUACUUGGGGCAGCAUCAAGGAGUGGUCUUGCUAGAUUUAGGAUGAGUGAUGUUCCAAGCACGGUGUCAAAAGCGGUACCGUCAUUCUGCACCGUCUAUAUAAUCUCCAAAGGAAAGAUCUCAUCCGUUAAAACUGCGACCGUAUUACUCUCUCCGAAACCUGCGUCGCAGAAUAAGAUCCACUCUUCUCUGGCUCAACGUGCUGAGCGACCACGCAACCUCACACUCCCACGACAUGUUUCAGGUGGAUACCAAUCUCUUGAUUUUGAUGAGAUAUCAAUGCUUCGAGCCGGAUCAUUUCCAGACAAACACGCAUAUGCACGCCGUAAUCGCGGCAGUGAUGAAGCCAUAUCACCAUACGAGACAAAAAGAAGAAACUACGCACCAAAUAAUGUACCUGAAGAUUGUGACAUAUCAUUUGUGGCGAGUGCAAAACCAAGUAUUGAUAGGCUCUUCCCUUCGUUGUAUUCCGAUGAUUAUUUUGAUGGAACCAGAUCAAGAUCAAGAUCCCCCCAAGAAUCAGGACAGAAAUCUUUCAUGUGUGAUGACUACUCAUUCACCUCUCUAUCAUCACCAACAGAGAACGAAGAAAUGGAAGCUGAGGUAAGGAAGCUAAAGCUAGAACUGAAGCAGACAAUGGAGAUGUAUAGCUCAGCUCGCAAGGAAGCUCUAACAGCAAAGGAGAAGGCAAUGGAGCUUCAACGGUGGAAAAAGGAAGAAAAGAGGAAGAUGGAAGACUUACAAAUAUCGGAAGGAGCGGCAUUGGCUAGUCCAGGGGGGGAGAAAGAAAAGGAUCAAAAGAUGGCAGAGUCUGAAGCACAGAAAAAAAUUAGUCCAGAGAAAACAUCUCCGCGAGAAGCACCACAGAUGAAGAGAGGACUAGAACCUCUAGGAGUUGGUACUGCAAUGUACCGAAGGUACUCCAUUGAGGAAAUCGAGGAAGCGACACAAAAGUUCUCAGCAGCUUUCAAGAUCGGUGAAGGAGGCUAUGGCCCUGUAUACAAGGGUGAAUUAGAUCACACACCGGUUGCAAUAAAACUUUUGAGGCCAGAUGCAACUCACGGAAGGGAACAAUUUAAUCAAGAGGUUGAAGUGUUAACUUGUAUAAGGCAUCCAAACAUGGUUCUCCUCCUCGGAGCAUGCCCAGAGUAUGGUUGCUUAGUGUAUGAGUACAUGGCUAAUGGGAGCUUGGAUGAUUGCCUCCUCCGACGAGGGAAGUUACCGGCUCUUCCUUGGCAGCUAAGGUUCCAAAUUGCUGCAGAGAUAGCCACAGGCCUCCUAUUCCUUCACCAGACAAAGCCAGAGCCCAUUGUACACCGGGACUUGAAGCCAGGAAACAUUUUGCUAGACCGGAAUUUCGUGAGCAAGAUCAGUGAUGUUGGGCUAGCCAGGCUUGUCCCUCCUUCGGUUGCAGACGCCGUCACUCAGUAUCGUUUGACAUCAACAGCCGGAACAUUCUGUUACAUUGACCCUGAGUACCAACAGACUGGCAUGCUUGGAAUCAAGUCUGAUAUUUACUCACUCGGGAUCAUGCUUCUCCAAAUUGUGACAGCUAGGUCACCAAUGGGUUUGGCUCAUCAUGUUAAGAGGGCCAUCGCCAAAGGGACUUUGGAAGAGGUGCUUGAUCCAGCUAUUUCUGACUGGCCAAUGGACCACACCUUGCAUUUCACCAAACUCGCCUUGAAAUGCGCCGAAAUGAUGAGAAAAGAUAGACCUGAUCUUGGGAAAGUUGUCUUACCUGAGCUCAAUAAACUUAGGACAUUUGCUGAAGAAAACAUGCCUCCUAUGAUGAUGUUUGGAAGAGCCUUCUCUCCAAGACCACAACAAUGAGUCAAAAUCACCAAUAUUAAAUUUGUUUAUUCUUUUUUUAGAAAACUUAAGGAAUGUAUCAAGAAUGUCAUGGCAUGGGGAUUCGACUAUAUUUUUAUGUUGGUUGUCGAAGACCUAAUACAAUCCCCCCUCUUUUAUUCGGGCUUGGGACUGGCUAUGUACCGCAAGUGUAACAUAGGCGGAGUUAAGGAAUAUAUCAAGAAUGUGCAGAUAAAAAUUAUUGCAAUCCUUAAAUUUGUAUAUAAACAAAUUCUGUAAUAUUGAAUUUGUACUUUAGAAUAUUUCAAAAGGGAUUGAGAAUGCACCAUGCAUUUUCCCAAUAUAUAUGUUAAGAUUCUAGGCUUUUCUUUGAAUAGGCAUGUGUACUUUGAACUAUCAAAGGAUGUGUCACUUUGUUCUCCAAAUAGUAAAAUGCACUUUAACAUCUCAAAAUCCCAUUACCAAACAUUCUUGUUUUCCAUAAUCUGAAUUUCAGUUUGUUAUUAGGAACAUUUUUUUUGUGUGGAUGAUUCAAUGGUGAGAGGAUUCUACUCUCUACUUCAUUUUUCUUCUUGUCGUGAAGUUACUAAUUUUUUUUAAUAAGUUACCAACUGUAAACGUAAGAGAGAAAUAAAUGACAUUAUUCCCACUCAUUUAUUUUUCUCUCCCGUGUCAGUUUUUCUCUGUCAACUUAAAUUUCUGUUUCUGUCAUGAGAAGUUACCAACUUUCAUACCUAAAUUACCAACAGUGGCUGAAGCUUGAAGCUCACAAAAUUGAAGAUGGCUUACAUAAAACCAAUCUCUCUCUGUUCUGGAAUAUUUCUAUAAGUCCAAUAUAAAGAACCGGGUUCAAAAGUAUGAGAAGUUCCAAUGAACCGGUUUAAUGAUUAAGUGUUUUCUCAAAUUCCAAAGAAGAUGUUACAAGGAGAACACCAAUUCCUCAUCACUCA